UUCGAAUCAGGGCAAAUCUUUAUUUUCUGCGACUUGGUCAUGCCGGCGUGAGGGCUCAUUUGUCUCGUUUCAAUUUGUCCAAUUCCAGCAUGUGUCCUACAUGCAAUGUCGAGGACACUAUUAAUCAUUUCAUCUUGCAUUGUUCGCUCUACACAAACCAGAGGCGGGAGUUUCGCUCCAACUUGGAAAAUCUUUCACUUCCUUGGAACCUUGUGUCAGCUCUUGGUGGAGGAGAUAUCCCUCAGAAAAUACGCACAGCGGCAAUUCGUCGGCUGGGACAAUACCUGCUAAGCUGCAGCAUUGUAAACACCCUAUGAAGACGCCCAGUAACUAAUCCUUUUAUCUCUUCUUUUACACAACAACCACCGGCUGGUGAGAGUGAGCUAGAGAUUAAUCUGUGAACGACUGUUGGCAAGAGAAAGAAAGGCUCAGAGAAAAAUCAAGUUGUGCUCAGACUGGGAGGUGUGAUCUCAUCAUACCCGAAGUCUGAAAAUCAAUUAAAAAAAUCUUUAUUUGCCGCGUGGUUUUGUUUACAAAAGUAGAAUCAACUCUUACGAAGUUGCGGAUUGAUUCCGUAAAACGACGCAAUCCUGGCUCUUGGCUUGAAAUAUUAAGUGAAUUGUUCUUGCAGUAGUAUCAUUAGUAUGGACUCAAUUACAUCAAACAACGGUGAAAUUUUUAAACAUGAAAUGGAUGCUGGCCCAUCAUGCAUUGAAAUUGAACAGCCGCAAAUAGAUUAUGACCAUCAAAAGCAACUACAAGCUCCUGUCGACCCUAGAACUUGUAUUGUUUUGCACCCUGGAAGCCGCAAUCUUAGGCUGGGACGCCCGUCAGACUCUCAACCUUACACUGUACUUCAUGCAAUUGCACGGAGAUUGAGAAAUACUAAUUUGACCUCAGCAAGAAGACGAGACCCUAUAAUUGUACCUCUGACUAAGAUUAGCAGUGACAAACUUGAAGAAGUUGAGGAAUGCCGCAUAAAAGUCAGCAACAUCUUGCAGGCUUCACUGAAAUCAGAUGGCUCACAACGGUAUGCAACACCUUUGAAGCAAAUAGCUGCUCAUAAUCGAAGAGUGACGCCAACAAUUGAUGAGUUCUCCAGCCCAUGCCCUCCACUUCUUCAUCCUUCAGAAGAUUACCUUAUUGGAGAUCAAGUUCUGAACAUUUCCCCUGAAGCGCCAUACCACAUCCACUUCCCAUGGCAGCGCGGCGAUCUCAACACUCACUCGGGCAUCUCAGGCUCCCUUACUGCGGUCAUGGCUGACCUCGAGACCAUCUGGUCUUGUGCCAUAGAAGAUAAACUUGGUAUAUCACGCAAGGAAUUCAAAAAUUUCCGGUGCUGCGUGGUGAUCCCAGCGCUGUACUCGCGCGAGCACGUCGUGCAUAUCACGCGACUGCUGCUCGACACUAUGGGCUUCGCUGCCUGCUUCGUCUUCCAGGUCAGUGAUGUUCAUCAAAUUGAAGUUAUGUUCAGAUUUGAAAUGCCAAGCACCAUGUCGAACCUGAUGGAGGUCGAGUAG